GCGGGCGUGAGAAAGGAGGCGGCGGCGGCGCGGAGGAGGGUUAUCUAUACAUUUAAAAACCAGCCGCCUGCGCCGCGUCAGGAAGACCUGAGGAGCGUCUGGCCGCACGCGCGGAACACGAGCGCCCCACGCUCCCCGGCGCGCACAGCCCGCCGUCUCUUCGUCUCCCCGUCUCCGGGCCCCAGACGACCUGGGGCGCUUAUCCUGGGGAGUCGGUCAGCGGCGCAGUGCCACGGGCCCCCCUGGGGCGUGGCCGUUGUCCCGCCGCCCCCCGUCCCUCUGCCUGCACCUUCCUGCGGUCUGCGGGGGCUCGGAGGCGGCUCCGGGCAAGUGAAUGCGGGUGCGAUGGACCGCAGCACGCUGACCCAGCCCGCGCCUGGCGUCUCCGGCGGCUGCGCCGCUCGGCGGCGACCCGCGUCCCCAGAGCUGUUGCGCUGUAGCCGGCGGCGGCGACCGUGCGCAGAAGAGACCGGGGGCGGCGCGGCGGCCGUGGCGCGACGCAACGAGCGCGAGCGCAACCGCGUGAAGCUGGUGAACUUGGGGUUCCAGGCGCUUCGGCAACACGUGCCGCACGGCGGCGCCAGCAAGAAGCUGAGCAAGGUGGAGACGCUGCGCUCGGCGGUGGAGUACAUCCGCGCGCUGCAGCGCCUGCUGGCCGAACACGAUGCCGUGCGCGCCGCGUUGGCUGGGGGGCUGCUGGCGCCCUCCGCGCGGCCCCCGGCGCCCCGCGGGCCGUCCGGGAUCCCCGUUGCCUCCGCCUCGCCCUCCUGCGCCUCGUCGUCCCCGGGUCACGGGGGCAGCUCGGAGCCCGGCUCCCCGCGCUCCGCCUACUCAUCAGAAGACAGCGGCUGCGAGGGCGCGCUGAGCCCAGCGGAGCGCGAACUGCUCGACUUCUCCAGCUGGUUAGGGGGCUACUGAGCGCCCCGCCCCGCGAGCAGCCUAGCCUUGGACGCCAAGCGGGGAGCGCGCUCGCCAUCUGGGAGCCAGCAUGGUGGACGGCCCUCAUCCCUGCUGCAUGGCGGGCCACGCCACGACCGACCCGGGACCCCGCCCUCCCACUCGACCCAGGCCGUCCCGCCUGACCACGUGCCGGUGUGGAAAUGGGUCCCGUCCCGAACUCGCCGUCGGGGGCAGCUUCCUCGGACCCUGACCGCCCCGCCCCUGAAGCUCUCCACUGGGCUGGGGCUGAGGCACCAACACUCUGGAAGUUUCCCUGAACCGGAGAGUAGCUAUUGACGGCACAGAGCACCUACUUUUUAUACGUUAACUGAACUGCCCAGGGACCCUGGGCUAUAUGAAGACUUAUUUUUACAAAGACCCCUUCAGUUGGAACACAAUAAGAUUGUCUAUCCCCGCUCCACUCACCCCCAAUACCUGGAGUUUUCCAACUUGGCCAAGAUCUGGACAUGACAACUCCAGAGGGACAGGGUCCCUGGCAGGGGUCCCCGUGUAGCACCCAGUUGACCCAGGGCAACACUUCCAGCUGGGGAGAGACCCCUGUUAGAACACCUGUUUUAAGGAAGGUGGAUUUUGUAAAUA